GACAACCUAUUGUUCUUCAAAUACCCAGUAACGGCUGCUCUCUGGGGUUCCAUCCUACUAAACAUUGCCAUUCAUGGCCUCAAAAUUCCAAAUACAGCUCAUCAGCUUUUACUCCUAUUCGUCGUAUUUAUCAUUGACCAUUCAUGAAACCAAGCUAAUCCCAGUAAAAUCAAAACUGUGCUCUGGAGGAAUCAAUUUCUUACCUUAUUAACCAUCACCUCCCACGUUUUUCCCUCUCUACGGACCAUUUCAACACGUGUUAUGGCGGCAAUCUUCUCAAUGACCUCCAUAUUAACCCCAGAUUCCCCAGUCCAAUUCUUCACUAGAGACCUUAAUUUCAUUAGACUACUGAACUCCGGCGGCAAUGGCUGAUGGUAAGAAGCUUCAACAAUCAUUGCAGGAAAUCAGUGUUUCUGAUGUUCCAAAAACUGAAAUUGAGGAAAGCAGUGCUCAUGACAUCCCAAUGAUUGAAACUGAGGAAUACUUUCCAGCUCCUCUGGUGAGUUCUGAACGUCCUGAGCUCUCGCGAGAGCCAGCUCCUCUGGUAAGUUCGGGAGAACGUUCUGAUCUCUGGAGAGAGCAACUGCGUAAGUAUAUCUUAAUCAAAGAGGAGCCGACACACCUCUGUCCACGCUGCAAGGAGAUAGGGCCUGGUCUUCAUCAUUGUCCUGAUCAAGUCCUUUGUCUGACGAUUGCAGAAGAAGGGAAUCCCCAGCCAAUCGUCCCUAAACCCCCAAAACGAAAAUACCAAUGCAGUCGCUGUGGUCAACAGGGACACAACCGCCGCACUGUUGUUUUCUGUCAGAUUACAGAAGAAGGGAAUCCCCUGCCGGUGAUCCCUAAACCUCCGCAACGAAAAUACCGAUGCAGUCGCUGUGGUCGACAUGGACACAACCGCCGCACUGUUGCUUUCUGUCUGAUGACAGAAGAAGAGAAUCCCCAGCCAAUGAUCCCUAAACCUUGGCAAGGAAUAUACCGCUGUGGUCGACGUGGACACAACCGCCGGACUGUUGCUCACUGUCAGAUUACAGAAGAAGAGAAUCCCCAAUCGAUGGUUAGGAAGCCUCCAAAAAGAAAAUACCGUUGCGGUCACUGCGGUCAAUAUGGACACAACAGCCGCAAUUGUCAUUGACCUGUUUCCUAUUAAAUAGGUUGUCUGUGUUUUCUGUCAUGCUGAACUUUUGAACAUCUUUGUUUGCUAGGCAUUUCCUUUGUUUUUUAUUUUAUUUUAAAUAAUCUUGACAACGGAGAGUUAUAUCUGUGGUUGAAAUAUCAUCUGUGCUGAUGACAGCACGGAAUAUGACAAUAAUCACCAAUAUAGUGGGACUUUUUACCAAUUAUUUAAGCUCUUUCAAGCAUGUUAGAAGCUCUAGGGUAAUGCUAGCCAUGUUUAAAUUAAAUUCCAAACAUAUAUGGAAAGAAAAUGGCAUAAAUGCAUUUUUCCUUUUGAGCAAAGGAAAAAGUUAUUACUAGGUUUCUUUAUAAGAUUGUACUAUUUAUUACCAAACAACAUAUGACAGCAUGACACCCUAUCGAGGAACAAGAUCGACAUGGCUUGCUGCUUUUGAUUUCCUUCUAAGAGCCUUAUCUUUGUUACUCUCUUGAACUCUGCUCAGCUGCUGAUGGAAACAGCAUAAAUGAAGCGGAAAGAAAAUCCGGUUGAGCACUCUCUUUCAGUCUGAAACCUAACAGUGGAUCGACUGUUGUUAGAAGAUCGCAACGUGCUUAGUCUUCAGCUUGGAGUCUGAAACUCGAGCUUUUCAUCUGCUCAAGUACCGAGCCUCGGACUAAAUUGGAUGCAAGCACACUACGAGACAACAAUCCUUAAAAGAUCAUUUGAGACUUGGUUGCUGGAUUUGCUUCAGUUUCUACUUUAGGAAUUGCCAUUACUCUACUCAUGUUCUCACUUUAGCAUAUAAAUCUGAGAAAGUUAUGGGUGGCCAAUGGUUUUGAUGUUCUGUUGUAUUCGACUUUGACAUAUCAUAUGCGGUUGAGUUGAGAAAACCCGAGCUUCAGAUGAUUCUGCAUCGGAACUGCCGACGGUCGAGCUUGUGGAUGGAGGUGACGAGUCCUCCAUUACAUUCAGAUAAGCAACCCGGGAGAGGUGAUGUUAAAGAACAGGGUUUAUAAAGGCUAGUGUUGAAUAUUGAUAUCUAUGCACAAAUCUCCAAGACAUAUUUUG